AAAAAAAAAAAAAAAAAAAAAAAAAAAAAAAAAAAAAAAAAAAAAAACAAUACACAAGUAUUGUUUCCUUCUGCCGCUUGUAUGCAUCAUGAAUUUAUUUAUCAAGUAAUACAACGUCCAUAAAAAAUAGCUGUUGAACUUGAUGAACAAUCAUUAACAUAUACAGAACUUUGAUAUUAUGUUCAACAACUUUCUCUCGUCUUAUUAAAUAAAUACAAUGUAAAAUCGGGUGAAAUUAUUUGUCAAUGUGUAGAGCGAAGUUUAUCCAUGGUAAAUAUAUUUACAAAAUAUUGUUUGUAAUAAUAUGUGUAUAAUAUAUCAUUUAUUUCUCUUUAGGUCAUUGGCAUUCUAUCAAUUAUUAUGACUGGUGGUGCCUAUUGUCCUUUAUCAUCACAAGAUCCUUCACAACGUCUACAAAUUCUUGUGAAAGAAACUCGAAGUCAUUUAGUUCUUGUUCAUUCAUCUACACGCAUUCUUUUUGAAAUCGAUAUUAUAACUUUAAAUAUUGAUACAAUUAUAAAUAAUGAAGAAAAUUCUACUAGUAUUCAUCUGACUGAAAUGUCAGAUGUACCAAUAACAUCAGAAAAUAUUCUGUUUGUAAUUUUUACUAGUGGAUCAACUGGUAUUCCGAAAGUGGUUCAACUACGUCAUCGAAAUUUUACUCAAUUUUUACGCUCAUUUGUUUAUGUUGAUAUAUUAAGAAAAACUUAUACAAUAAUACAGAUGGCUCGAUGCUCUUUUGAUAAUCAUCUAUUAAGUCUUGUGGGUACAUUAACUAUUGAAGCUACAUUAAUAAUGCUUCGACCAGAAGGUCAUAUGGAUUUAGAUUAUCUUGCAGGAGUAUUGAAUGAAAAACAGAUUACUGUUAUGCAAGCUGUUCCAUCUUUAUGGAAUAGUCUAUUUAAUUUUCUCAAUACUACUAAUCGAAAAUCGUCAGUACAAUGGUUACGAACUGUAUGUAGCGGUGAUUAUUCUAGCAUAGGUGAAGUUCUCAACAAUAAACUAGUUAAUCUAUUAAAAAGUCAGGUGAGAAGUGAAUAUCGAAUUCGAAAUCAUUAUGGUCCAGUUGAAAUUACUAUUAAUUGUAUCAAUCAUCUAAUUGAUCUAAACAAAGAUCAAACAGAUAUUCCCAUAGGUCAAUCCUUUCCUAAUUAUCAGUUUUUAAUAUUAGACAUGUUCUUACAAACUGUUAGUAUUGGACAAGAAGGAGAAUUAGUUGUUGGAGGUGUUGGUGUUUUUGCUGGAUAUCGUGGUCUUGACGAUUUAACAGCUAACGUAAUGAUUAAUAUUAAUGAGCAAAUAUUUUAUAAAACAGUGAAAUUACGUGGACAACGUAUUGAAUUACAAGAAAUUAUACAAUGUUUACUUAUGUUAACAUCCAUUACUGCAUGUGUUGUUAUUAAAUGGGAUGAAAAUCAUCUUAUCGCUUAUGUUCAAAGUGAUAACAUUAAUGUUGAACAAUUACGUCAUCAUUGUCAAUCUAAUCUACCAUCACAUAUGAUUCCAUCAAUAUUUAUUAUACUUGAAAAACUACCUUUGAGUCCAAAUGGAAAAGUAGAUCGAAAACGUCUUCCACCACCGGAUUUAUCAUUAUUAACUCUCUCAUCAACAUCAUCAACAAUAGCAUUCGAAAACAGAUCUGAUCUUCCACAAAAUCAAUUACAAAAACAGAUUCAUGAUAUUUGGUGUGAAAUUCUUCGAUGUAUUGGACAACAAAUUUCAAUAACUGCAAAUUUCUUUAGUAUUGGUGGUCAUUCACUUUUAUUUAUUGAACUUUAUCAUCGAUAUCAACAAUUAUAUGAUUUUGAUAAUCGUGUACUUUCUAUUGUCUUAUUUCUUCAACAACCAACUAUUCUUCAACAUUCACAAUUACUUCAAUCUAUUACAAUCAAUCAAAUGAAAUUAGUACAUUGGCAUACACUACAUAUCAAUCAAAUUAUUGCAUCUUUUGCUCAAGAACGUAUUUUUCUUGAUGAACAAAUGUGUUUUUCUAAUAAAAUUGCUAUCUACAUUGAAUUGAUUGCUUUAGAAAUUAUUCAAGGUUCAAUAUCAAUAGAUCGUCUAUUAGAAGCUAUUGAAUAUAUUUUAAAUAAACAUAAAAUAUUACGCACAUUUCUUACUCUCAACAAUGAUAAUGGUAUUCUUGAACAACAUAUUCGUGAUAAACAUCAUAUAUUUCAAAUUGUUCCCAAUCAAACAUUUAAAAAUGAAAAUGAACUUCAAGAUAUUCUCUAUCAAACAAUUAAUAAUCCUAAUUUAUUUGAUUUAUCCACCGAUCGUGUUUUUCAUUGUGAAGUACUUCGACAAAAAAUCAUGUCUAAUAAUGAUAAUAGAUUCAUUAAAGAUUCUGAUAUCCUUCUUAUCGCAUUCCAUCAUGCUGCAACAGACCAAUCAGCUUAUCAACUUUUUCUAAAUGAUCUUUGUUUUGCUUAUAAUACAAAUAUAGAAUGGACAGAUGAUGAAGAUUUAUUACAAUAUAUUGAUUAUUCUGUUCAUGAACGUUUAAUUGAUAUGAAACCAUCACGUGAGUUUUGGCUUCUAGAAUUGAAAGACUAUGAUUUUGAACAUCGAUUAUCAUUAUCGACUGACCAGCAUUGUUUAUCUAAUGAUCAACGAUCUGGUUUUGCUUCAAUUGCCCGGAUUUCUUUUUAUAAAAAUAUUUCAAAAUCAUUUCUUAAUUAUGUUUCUACACAUCAGACUACUCCAUUUCAAUUAGGUAUGGCAUUAUUUUAUAUUUUCCUAUUUAAAUUAACUCAAGAUCAAAAUGAUUUAUGUAUUUCUUGUCAUAAUGCAAAUCGAUAUAAAACUGAGUUACAAAAUAUGAUGGGAAUGUUUAUUUCAACAUUGCCAUAUCGUAUGAAACUUGAUUCUAAUUGA